UGCAGACGUAAUUUUUCACAGGGCGUAUUCAUUUUGAAGUGGUGUGAAAAAAUUAAUUUAAAGACAAAUAACCAUUGAAUUUAGUGCGAAAAUAGUUGGAAAACAUGGGUGAUUCGCUGGAAAACACCGACACUUCGGUGGAUCCGGCUGUAAACCUGUCCAUUGCCAAUUAUGAUGCAUUUGCAAAUUAUCUUCGCAAGGCGGUGAUUAUUUUGCUGCCCGAAGAGGAUGUUGUGCCGGAAUCGUUGAACAAUGCAUUGGACGAUCCUGCCAACCAGGAAACUAUCCGCAAGUUCCUGUCUGAUCCACAGGUGCAAGCGUUGUACGUUCAGCGCAACUGCAUCAAAGAGGAUGAUAGCGAACAGCCGGCGGAAACUGAAGAGGAGAAGGAGCAGGUGACUUACCAGAUCAGCAAUGAUGUACAUUUCACCAACAGCCGCAUGGCAUCGCUGGCAUGCAUUAAGCGUGGUGUUGUUGUCGAGGCGGACAAAUCCAUUCACUCGCAGCUGCGCUUGAUUAACUUUUCUGAUGGUUCACCUUAUGAGACUCUGCAUGCGUUCAUCAGCAAAUCUCUGGCGCCGUACUUUAAGUCGUAUGUCAAGGAGUCGGGACGUGCUGAUCGCGAUGGUGACAAGAUGGCCCCAUCGGUGGAGAAGAAGUUGGCGGAACUGGAGAUGGGACUGUUGCAUUUGCAGCAGAACAUUGACAUCCCAGAAAUUACGCUGACUGCGCAUGCGACUGUCAAUUUAGUCAUACGCAAGUGCUUUGAGGAGAACCGCAAGGCCAAGGUGGUGGACUUUGGGGAUAAGGUCGAGGACUCGUCGUUUCUUAAUCAGUUGCAGAAUGGCGUCAAUCGUUGGAUUACUGAAAUCAAGAAAGUGACUAAACUAAAUCGUGACCCCGGUUCGGGCACUGCACUACAGGAAAUUUCAUUCUGGCUUAAUCUGGAGCGUGCGUUGUACCGCAUCCAGGAGAAGCGAGAGUCGCCAGAAGUGGCAUUAACACUGGACAUUCUUAAGCAUGGCAAGCGUUUCCAUGCCACCGUCUCGUUUGACACGGAUACGGGCUUGAAGCAAGCUCUGGCUACUGUUGCCGACUACAAUCCGUUGAUGAAAGACUUCCCCAUCAACGAUCUACUGUCGGCGACGGAGCUGGAGAAGAUUCGCCCGGCGGUGCAGCAGAUUUUCUCGCAUUUGCGUAAAGUGCGCAACACCAAGUAUCCAAUUCAACGUUGCCUGAAACUCAUCGAGGCCAUCUCGCGGGAUCUGUCGCAACAGCUGCUCAAGGUGCUGGGAACCCGCCGUCUCAUGCAUAUUCCCUUCGAUGAAUUCGAGCGUGUGAUGAACCAAUGCUUUGAGAUCUUCAGCUGCUGGGAUGAUGAGUAUGACAAGUUGCAAGGACUACUGCGUGACAUUGUCAAGAAGAAGCGCGACGAGCACUUGAAAAUGGUCUGGCGUGUGUCGCCAGCUCACAAGAAGCUGCAGACGCGCAUGGAGCAUAUGCGCAAGUUCCGGAGGCAGCACGAGCAGCUGCGUACCGUAAUCCUGCGAGUACUCCGUCCCACAAAGCAGGCGGCUAACGAUGAUGGCAGCACCGUUGAAACCAAGCAGCCUUACAGUCUGGAUGCCGCAGAUGCCAAUGCCAUCGAGGAGGUCAACUUGGCCUAUGAAAAUGUCAAGGAGGUGGACUGCUUGGACAUCACCAAGGAGGGCUCCGAGGCCUGGGACGCGGCUGUCAAGCGCUAUGAGGAAAAGAUUGAUCGCGUGGAGACACGCAUCACGGCUCAUCUGCGUGAUCAGCUGGGCACUGCAAAGAAUGCCAACGAGAUGUUCCGCAUCUUCUCGCGCUUCAAUGCGUUGUUCGUGCGUCCUCAUAUUCGUGGCGCCAUUCGGGAGUACCAGACUCAAUUGAUACAGCGCGUCAAGGAUGACAUCGAGGCGUUGCAUGAGAAGUUCAAGGUUCAGUAUCCACAGAGCAAGAGCUGUCGCUUAUCGUCUGUGCGUGAUCUGCCUCCAGUUGCGGGUUCCAUCAUCUGGGCUCGUCAGAUUGACAACCAGCUGACCAUGUAUCUCAAGCGUGUGGAAGAUGUGCUGGGCAAGGGCUGGGAAACUCACAUCGAGGGACAGAAACUGAAGGCCGAUGGCGAUAGCUUCCGCGCCAAGUUGUCUAUUUCAGAUGUAUUUCAUGAAUGGGCACGCAAAGUGCAGGAGCGUAACUUUGGCAGCUCGGGACGCAUUUUUACGAUUGAAUCAACACGUUCACGCAUUGGACGUGGCAACGUUUUGCGUCUGCGUGUCAACUUUUUGCCAGAGAUCAUCACGCUGGCCAAGGAAGUGCGCAACAUCAAAAACUUGGGCUUCAGAGUGCCACUUACCAUUGUCAACAAGGCUCAUCAGGCCAACCAGAUUUAUCCCUAUGCUAUAUCCCUGAUUGAAAGCGUACGCACCUAUGAGCGCACUCUAGAGAAGCUUAAUAAUAGGAGUCUAGCACUAAAUUCAGUAUUCAAGAUUGAAGAUCGCGCUAGUAUUGUGCCUCUGGUAGCUGGACUACGCAAGGAGGUCUUGAAUCUCGUCUCCGAAGGCAUUGGCCUCAUCUGGGAGUCUUAUAAGUUGGAUCCCUAUGUGCUACGUUUGUCUGAAUGCGUGACACAGUUCCAGGAGAAGGUGGAUGACUUGCUGGUGGUGGAGGAGCAGCUGGAUGUGGAUGUGCGCUCGUUGGAAACAUGUCCUUACAGCGCAGCCACUUUUGUAGAGAUUCUCUCGAAGAUUCAGCAUGCUGUCGAUGAUCUAUCGCUGCGUCAAUAUUCCAAUCUCAAUGUUUGGGUUACACGUCUCGAUGAAGAGGUUGAGAAGAAGCUGGCAUUGCGUCUCCAAGCGGGCAUACAAGCCUGGACAGAAGCACUCACUGGAAACAAGAAGGAGGUGGACACAUCCAUGGACACUGAUGCUCCCACACAGCCCACACAUAAGUUGGGUGGCGAGCCUCAGAUUCAGAAUGCUGUGCAUGAGAUUCGCAUCACCAAUCAGCAGAUGUAUUUGUAUCCCUCCAUCGAGGAGGCACGCUUCCAGAUAAUGCAACAAUUCUUUGCCUGGCAGGCCAUUGUUACAUCCCAGGUGCGUCUACAGAGCACUCGCUACCAGGUGGGAUUGGAGAAGCCCGUCUCUCAGACCUAUCGCAAUCUGUUGACCAAGUUGCCGGAGGGUAAGAUUCUGGAGAAUGCCUAUGGAGCCAUCGAGCACAAGAUUAGCGACGUGCGCAAUUAUGUCGAUGAGUGGCUACGUUACCAGAGCCUCUGGGAUCUCCAGGCGGACACUCUGUACGGUCGGUUGGGUGAGGAUGUUAAUCUAUGGAUCAAGUGUCUCAACGACAUUAAGCAAUCCCGCACAACCUUCGAUACUUCGGAUACACGUCGUGCCUAUGGCGCUAUCAUCAUUGACUACGCCAAGGUGCAGGCCAAGGUGACGUUGAAGUAUGAUUCCUGGCACAAGGAGGCACUAGGCAAGUUUGGCACACUUUUGGGCACCGAGAUGACCACAUUCCAUUCCAAGGUGUCCAAGUCUCGCACAGACUUGGAGAUGCAGAGCAUCGAGGCAGCCAGUACAUCGGAUGCCGUCAGCUUCAUUACUUAUGUGCAGUCGCUGAAGAAGGACAUGAUUGCCUGGGACAAGCAGGUGGAGGUGUUCCGCGAGGCACAGCGUAUUUUGGAGCGUCAGCGUUUCCAGUUCCCCAACAACUGGUUGCAUGUGGACAACAUCGAGGGUGAAUGGUCGGCCUUCAAUGAGAUCAUCAAGCGCAAGGAUACGGCUAUUCAGACCCAGGUGGCCAGUCUUCAGGCCAAGAUUGUGGCCGAGGACAAGGCCGUGGAAACACGCACCGUUGACUUCCUUAAUGAUUGGGAGAAAACAAAGCCCACCGGCGGCAAGAUACGUCCCGAUGAAGCGCUGCAACAGCUGCAGAUCUUUGAGAGCAAAUACUCACGUCUCAAGGAGGAGCGCGAUAAUGUGGCCAAGGCCAAGGAGGCACUCGAACUGCAGGAGUCGGCUGUGCCCAACAACAGCGCCGAGCGCAUGAAUGUCGCCCUGGAAGAGCUGCAGGAUCUGCGCGGCGUCUGGAGCGAACUGUCCAAGGUGUGGACGCAGAUCGAUGAGACUCGCGAGAAGCCUUGGCUAUCGGUGCAGCCACGUAAGCUUCGCCAGCAGCUGGAGGCGAUGAUGGCACAGCUAAAGGAGCUGCCUGCUCGUCUGCGCAUGUAUGAAUCCUAUGAAUAUGUGAAGAAGCUGAUCCAGAGCUACAUCAAGGUGAACAUGCUGAUUGUGGAACUCAAGUCGGAUGCACUCAAGGAGCGUCAUUGGAAACAGCUCACCAAACAGCUGCGUGUUAAUUGGGUUAUCUCUGAUCUGACCCUGGGUCAAGUGUGGGAUGUGAAUCUGCAGAAGAAUGAGAGCGUUGUCAAGGACAUUAUCCUGGUAGCCCAGGGUGAGAUGGCGCUGGAGGAGUUCUUGAAGCAGGUGCGCGAAUCCUGGCAAAACUACGAACUGGAUUUGAUAAAUUACCAGAACAAGUGCCGCAUCAUUCGUGGCUGGGAUGAUCUGUUCAACAAGGUCAAGGAGCACAUCAAUUCUGUGGCCGCCAUGAAGCUGUCACCUUACUACAAGGUCUUCGAGGAGGAGGCUCUCACCUGGGAGGAGAAACUGAACCGCAUCAAUGCUUUGUUUGAUGUAUGGAUUGAUGUACAGCGUCGCUGGGUUUACUUGGAGGGCAUCUUCUCAGGCAGUGCGGAUAUAAAGACACUGCUGCCCGUGGAAACAUCACGUUUCCAGAGCAUCAGCUCCGAGUUCCUGGGCCUGAUGAAGAAGGUAACCAAGUCUCCCAAGGUUAUGGAUGUGCUUAACAUUCCGGCCGUGCAGCGUUCCCUGGAGCGUCUAGCCGAUCUCCUCGGCAAAAUUCAAAAGGCUCUCGGUGAAUAUCUGGAACGUGAGCGUACAUCGUUCCCACGCUUUUACUUUGUGGGCGAUGAGGAUCUCCUGGAGAUCAUUGGCAACAGCAAGAACAUUGCCCGCUUGCAGAAGCACUUCAAGAAGAUGUUCGCCGGCGUGGCUGCGAUUCUAUUGAACGAGGAAAACAAUGUCAUUCUGGGCAUCUCAUCACGCGAAGGUGAGGAGGUGCACUUUAUCAAUCCCGUGUCCACGGUGGAUCAUCCCAAGAUCAACGAAUGGUUGUCGUUGGUCGAGAAGCAAAUGAGAUUCACGCUUGCCUCGUUGUUGGCUCAAGCUGUGCAGGACAUUAAACAGUUCCGUGAUGGUCAAAUUGAUUCGCAGAAGUACAUGGAGUGGUGCGACAAAUACCAAGCACAGAUUGUGGUCCUGGCUGCCCAGAUCCUCUGGUCCGAGGAUGUGGAGGCUGCACUGCAACAGGCUUCCGAGAACAACAAGGACAAGCCCAUGCAACGUGUCCUGGGCAAUGUGGAGGGCACGUUGAACGUCCUGGCCGAUUCCGUGCUGCAGGAACAGCCUCCACUGCGUCGUCGCAAGCUGGAGCAUCUGAUUAAUGAGUUUGUCCAUAAGCGUACAGUUACCAGACGCUUGAUUACCAACGGUGUCACCUCGCCCAAGUCCUUCCAGUGGCUGUGCGAGAUGCGCUUCUACUUUGAUCCCCGCCAGACGGAGGUACUGCAGCAACUGACCAUCCACAUGGCCAAUGCGCGCUUCUUCUAUGGCUUUGAGUAUUUGGGAGUUCAGGAUCGCUUGGUGCAAACGCCACUCACGGAUCGUUGUUAUCUGACCAUGACACAGGCGCUGGAGUCACGUCUGGGCGGAUCUCCAUUUGGUCCAGCAGGCACUGGCAAAACUGAGUCGGUUAAGGCGCUGGGCAAUCAAUUGGGUCGCUUUGUGCUCGUCUUCAAUUGCGACGAGACGUUCGAUUUUCAGGCCAUGGGACGCAUCUUUGUCGGUCUCUGCCAGGUGGGCGCCUGGGGUUGUUUCGAUGAGUUCAAUCGUCUGGAGGAGCGUAUGCUGUCCGCCUGUUCGCAGCAGAUCCAAACUAUCCAGGAGGCACUCAAGUAUGAAAUGGACACCAACAAGGAAAGCAUCACCGUUGAACUGGUUGGAAAACAGGUGCGCGUCUCCCCCGACAUGGCCAUCUUUAUAACCAUGAAUCCUGGCUACGCUGGCCGUUCCAAUCUGCCCGACAAUCUGAAGAAGCUCUUCCGUUCUCUGGCCAUGACAACUCCAGAUCGUCAGCUUAUCGCCGAGGUCAUGCUUUUCUCGCAGGGAUUCCGCUCGGCGGAGAAACUGGCCUGCAAGAUUGUGCCCUUCUUCAAGCUCUGCGACGAGCAGUUGUCCAACCAAAGCCAUUAUGACUUUGGACUGCGUGCUCUGAAAUCUGUGCUGAUCUCAGCUGGCAAUGUGAAGCGUGAUCGCAUCAUGAAAAUCAAGGAACAGAUGCGUCAACGUGGCGAGGAGAAUAUCGAUGAGGCAUCUGUGGCAGAGAAUCUGCCCGAACAGGAGAUCCUCAUACAAUCCGUGUGCGAGACAAUGGUGCCCAAGCUGGUGGCCGAGGAUAUUCCUUUGCUCUUCUCGCUGCUCAGCGAUGUCUUCCCCAAUGUGGGCUACACGCGGGCCGAGAUGAAGGGACUUAAGGAGGAGAUACGCAAGGUGUGCCAGGAGGAUUAUCUGGUCUGUGGCGAGGGAGACGAACAGGGCGCUGCCUGGAUGGAGAAGGUACUUCAACUCUAUCAAAUCUCCAAUCUCAAUCAUGGCCUGAUGAUGGUGGGUCCUUCGGGAUCUGGUAAGUCCACGGCUUGGCGAACUCUGCUCAAGGCGCUGGAACGUUUCGAGGGCGUUGAAGGCGUUGCCCAUGUCAUUGAUCCCAAGGCUAUUUCCAAGGAGGCGCUUUAUGGUGUUCUCGAUCCCAAUACGCGUGAGUGGACCGAUGGUUUGUUCACUCACAUUCUUCGCAAGAUCAUCGACAAUGUGCGUGGCGAGAUUAACAAACGACAAUGGAUUAUAUUUGAUGGUGAUGUGGAUCCCGAGUGGGUGGAGAAUCUCAACUCGGUGCUGGAUGACAAUAAAUUGUUGACUUUGCCCAAUGGAGAGCGUCUCUCGCUGCCUCCCAAUGUCCGUGUCAUGUUUGAGGUGCAGGAUUUGAAGUUUGCCACUUUGGCUACGGUUUCCCGUUGCGGCAUGGUCUGGUUCUCGGAGGAUGUGCUCUCCACGGAGAUGAUCUUUGAGAAUUAUCUGUCGCGUCUGCGCAGCAUUCCGCUGGAGGACGGCGACGAGGACUUCGUGGGCGUCAUUAAGCCUGCCAAGGACAAGGAAGAGGAGGUUUCCCCCUCCCUCCAGGUGCAACGCGACAUUGCAAUGUUGCUGCAGCCAUUCUUCUUUGCCGACGGCAUUGUGGUGCGCACUCUGGAGUAUGCCAUGGAUCAGGAGCACAUCAUGGACUUCACACGCUUGCGCGCCCUCAGCUCCCUCUUCUCCAUGCUCAAUCAGUCGGCACGCAAUGUGCUCAACUUUAAUGCGCAACAUCCAGAUUUUCCCUGCUCCGCUGAGCAAUUGGAGCACUAUAUACCCAAGGCUCUGGUUUACUCCGUGCUCUGGUCAUUCGCUGGCGAUGCCAAGCUCAAAGUACGCAUCGAUCUGGGUGACUUUGUGCGCAGUGUGACCACUGUGCCGUUGCCAGGUGCAGCUGGUGCUCCCAUCAUCGACUACGAGGUGAGCAUGAAUGGCGAGUGGGUGCCAUGGAGCAACAAGGUGCCCGUCAUUGAGGUGGAGACCCAUAAGGUCGCGUCGCCAGACAUUGUGGUGCCCACGCUGGACACAGUGCGUCACGAAUCCUUGCUCUACACUUGGCUGGCCGAGCACAAACCAUUGGUGCUCUGUGGUCCACCUGGUUCUGGCAAGACCAUGACGUUGUUCUCUGCACUGCGUGCUCUGCCUGACAUGGAGGUUGUCGGUCUCAAUUUCUCAUCGGCUACGACGCCGGAGCUGCUUUUGAAGACCUUUGAUCAUUACUGCGAAUACCGUAAGACUCCCAAUGGAGUCGUCUUGUCGCCUGUGCAGAUUGGCAAGUGGUUGGUGCUCUUCUGCGAUGAGAUCAAUUUGCCGGACAUGGAUUCAUAUGGCACACAGCGUGUCAUCUCGUUCCUGCGUCAAUUGGUAGAGCACAAGGGCUUCUAUCGGGCCAACGAUCAGGCUUGGGUUUCCCUGGAGCGCAUCCAAUUCGUGGGUGCUUGUAAUCCACCUACAGAUCCUGGUCGCAAGCCGCUUUCACAUCGUUUCCUGCGCCAUGUGCCCAUCAUUUAUGUGGACUAUCCCGGGGAGACAUCCCUUAAGCAGAUCUAUGGCACCUUCUCCCGUGCCAUGCUUCGAUUGAUGCCUGCAUUGCGAGGAUACGCCGAACCCUUGACCAAUGCCAUGGUGGAGUUCUAUUUGGCUUCCCAGGAUCGCUUCACGCAGGACAUGCAACCGCAUUAUGUCUACUCGCCGCGUGAGAUGACCAGAUGGGUGCGUGGUAUCUGUGAGGCCAUCAGACCCUUGGACUCGUUGCCUGUGGAGGGUCUGGUGCGUCUUUGGGCCCAUGAGGCACUGCGUUUGUUCCAGGAUCGUCUGGUCGAUGAUACAGAGCGUCGCUGGACCAACGAGAAUAUCGAUCUGGUUGGACACAAACACUUCCCGGGCAUUAACCAGGAGGAGGCACUGCAACGGCCCAUCCUCUACAGCAACUGGCUGUCCAAGGAUUACAUGCCGGUGAAUCGUGAGGCGCUCCGAGAUUAUGUGCGUGCUCGUCUAAAGGUCUUCUACGAGGAGGAGCUCGAUGUGCCGCUCGUGCUCUUCGACGAGGUGUUGGAUCAUGUCCUUAGGAUUGAUCGUAUCUUCCGCCAGCCGCAGGGACAUCUGUUGCUCAUCGGUGUCUCUGGUGCCGGCAAAACAACGCUGUCACGCUUCGUGGCCUGGAUGAACGGAUUGUCCAUAUUCCAGAUCAAGGUGCACAACAAAUACACCAGCGAGGACUUUGAUGAGGAUCUGCGUUGUGUGUUGCGCCGUUCCGGCUGCAAGGAUGAAAAGAUCGCCUUCAUAUUGGACGAAUCGAAUGUGUUGGACUCUGGUUUCUUGGAGCGCAUGAACACGUUGCUGGCCAACGGCGAGGUGCCCGGUCUCUUCGAGGGAGAUGAGUACACAACGUUGAUGACCCAAUGCAAGGAGGGCGCCCAGCGUGAAGGACUCAUGUUGGACUCCAGCGAUGAGUUGUACAAGUGGUUCACCCAGCAGGUGAUGCGCAAUCUCCACGUUGUCUUCACAAUGAAUCCCUCAACCGAUGGCCUCAAGGAUCGUGCUGCAACUUCGCCAGCUUUGUUCAAUCGUUGUGUGCUCAACUGGUUUGGAGAUUGGUCAGAUUCAGCAUUGUUCCAGGUGGGCAAGGAGUUUACCACACGUGUGGAUCUGGAAAAACCCAACUGGUCACCACCAGACUUCUUCCCAUCUGUCUGUCCUCUGGUGCCGGCAAAUCCCACGCAUCGCGAUGCUGUCAUCAACAGUUGCGUCUACGUUCAUCAAACUCUGCAUCAGGCCAACGCUCGAUUGGCCAAACGUGGCGGACGCACCAUGGCGGUGACUCCACGUCAUUACUUGGACUUUAUCCAUCACUUUGUCAAGUUGUACAAUGAGAAACGCAGCGAUCUGGAGGAGCAGCAGCUCCAUUUGAAUGUCGGUCUCAACAAGAUUGCCGAGACGGUGGAACAAGUGGAGGAGAUGCAAAAAUCGCUGGCCGUCAAGAAGCAGGAACUGCAGGCCAAGAACGAGGCAGCCAAUGCCAAGUUGAAGCAAAUGUUCCAGGAUCAACAGGAGGCCGAAAAGAAGAAGAUACAAUCACAGGAGAUACAAAUCCGUCUAGCCGAUCAAACCGUUAAGAUUGAGGAGAAGAGGAAGUACGUCAUGGCUGACUUGGCACAGGUGGAACCUGCUGUCAUUGAAGCACAACAAGCGGUGAAGUCCAUACGCAAACAGCAACUGGUUGAGGUUCGAACGAUGGCAAACCCACCGUCUGUGGUUAAAUUGGCACUCGAGUCGAUCUGCCUGCUCCUUGGCGAGAAUGCGACUGAUUGGAAAUCGAUACGCGCUGUGAUAAUGCGUGAAAAUUUCAUUAAUUCAAUUGUAUCUAACUUCGGUACAGAACACAUAACCGAUGAUGUUAGGGAGAAAAUGAAGUCGAAAUAUCUGAGCAAUCCGGACUAUAACUUUGAAAAGGUCAAUCGUGCCAGUAUGGCUUGUGGUCCCAUGGUGAAAUGGGCAAUUGCACAGAUUGAAUACGCAGACAUGUUGAAGCGCGUGGAGCCGCUGCGUGAGGAGCUGCGUUCGCUGGAGGAGCAGGCUGAUGUCAACUUGGCGAGUGCCCAGGAGACCAAGGAUCUGGUGGAGCAACUGGAGCGCAGCAUUGCCGCCUAUAAGGAGGAAUAUGCUCAGCUCAUUUCGCAGGCUCAGGCCAUCAAAACGGAUCUGGAGAAUGUGCAGGCCAAGGUGGAUCGCUCGAUUGCGCUGCUCAAGAGCUUGAACAUUGAACGCGAACGUUGGGAGUCCACGAGCGAGACAUUCAAGUCCCAGAUGUCGACCAUUGUGGGUGAUGUGCUUCUCUCGGCGGCGUUUAUUGCCUAUGGCGGUUACUUUGAUCAGCACUAUCGCCUCAAUCUGUUUACGACCUGGUCGCAGCAUCUGCAAUCCGCGAGUAUUCAAUACCGUGCGGACAUUGCACGCACCGAGUAUCUGUCCAAUCCGGAUGAGCGUCUGCGCUGGCAGGCGAAUGCUUUGCCCACGGAUGAUCUGUGCACGGAGAAUGCGAUUAUGUUGAAGCGAUUCAAUCGUUAUCCGUUGAUCAUUGAUCCAUCUGGUCAGGCAACGACAUUCCUGCUGAACGAAUAUGCAGGCAAGAAGAUUACAAAGACGUCCUUCCUGGACGACUCGUUCCGCAAGAAUCUGGAGUCGGCUCUGCGCUUUGGUAAUCCUCUCUUGGUGCAGGAUGUCGAGAACUAUGAUCCCAUAUUGAAUCCUGUGCUGAAUCGGGAGCUGCGUCGCACUGGCGGACGUGUGCUCAUCACGCUGGGAGAUCAGGACAUUGAUUUGUCGCCGUCCUUUGUCAUUUUCCUGUCGACACGUGACCCGACCGUUGAAUUCCCGCCGGAUAUCUGCUCCAGGGUGACCUUUGUCAACUUCACCGUGACACGGAGCUCGUUGCAGUCGCAGUGCUUGAACCAAGUGCUGAAGGCUGAACGUCCGGAUAUUGAUGAGAAGCGUUCCGAUCUGUUGAAGCUCCAGGGCGAAUUCCGUCUCCGAUUGCGUCAGCUGGAGAAGAGUCUGCUGCAGGCACUGAACGAUGCCAAGGGCAAGAUUCUGGAUGAUGAUUCGGUCAUCACAACGCUGGAGACGCUCAAGAAGGAGGCCUACGACAUCAACCAGAAGGUGGAUGAAACGGACAAGGUCAUAGCGGAGAUUGAGACAGUGUCGCAACAAUAUUUGCCACUUUCGGUGGCAUGCAGCAGCAUGUACUUCACCAUGGACAGCCUGAACCAGGUGCACUUCCUCUAUCAGUACUCGCUCAAGAUGUUCCUCGACAUCUUCUCCACGGUGCUCUACAACAAUCCUCGUCUCGAGGGACGCAGCGAUCACUCGGAGCGUCUGGGCAUUGUUACCAGGCAUCUGUUCCAGGUGUGCUAUGAGCGUGUGGCACGCGGCAUGUUGCACAACGAUCGCCUGACCUUUGCCCUGCUCAUGUGCAAGAUCCAUCUGAAGGGCACUGGGGAAUCCAAUCUGGAUGCGGAGUUCAACUUCUUCCUGCGCAGUCGCGAGGGUCUCUUGGCUAAUCCCACCCAGGUCGAGGGAUUGAAUGCAGAGCAAAUCGAAGGCGUCAAUCGCCUGGCCACACGUCUGCCCAUCUUCCGCAAGCUGGUGGAGAAGGUGCGUUCCAUGCCGGAGCUGGGCGCUUGGCUGCAGCAGAGCUCGCCGGAACAAUGUGUGCCCCAGUUGUGGGAUGAAUCCAAGGCACUUAGUGCCAUUGCCAGCUCUGUGCAUCAGUUGCUGCUGAUUCAGGCCUUCCGGCCGGAUCGCGUCAUUGCCGCUGCCCACAAUGUGGUCAACACGGUGCUGGGCGUCGACUUUAUGCCCAAUGCCGAGCAGGAAUUGGACUUUUCCGCCGUGGUGGACAAACAGUUGAACUGCAAUACACCUGCCCUCCUUUGCUCCGUACCCGGAUUCGAUGCCUCUGGACGUGUGGAUGAUUUGGCUGCCGAACAGAACAAGCAAAUCUCAAGUAUUGCCAUUGGUUCCGCCGAAGGAUUCAAUCAGGCGGAGCGUGCCAUUAACAUGGCCUGCAACAGUGGUCGCUGGGUGCUCCUGAAGAACGUACAUCUGGCACCACAGUGGCUUGUCCAGCUGGAGAAGAAGAUGCACUCGCUGCAACCGCAUUCCGGCUUCCGUCUCUUCCUCACCAUGGAGAUCAAUCCAAAGGUGCCGGUCAAUCUGUUGCGUGCCGGACGCAUCUUUGUCUUUGAGCCACCGCCAGGCAUCAGGGCCAACUUGCUGCGCACCUUCUCCACGGUGCCGGCAGCACGCAUGAUGAAGACGCCAAGUGAGCGGGCUCGUCUGUACUUCCUGCUGGCCUGGUUCCAUGCCAUUGUCCAGGAGAGAUUGCGCUAUGUGCCACUGGGCUGGGCCAAGAAGUACGAGUUCAAUGAGUCAGAUCUGCGGGUGGCCUGCGAUACGUUGGACACUUGGAUCGAUACGACGGCCAUGGGUCGCACCAACUUGCCGCCGGAGAAGGUGCCGUGGGAUGCACUGGUGACCUUGUUGUCACAGUCCAUCUAUGGCGGCAAGAUUGACAAUGACUUUGAUCAGCGUCUGCUCCAAUCCUUCCUCAAGAAACUCUUCACGGCGCGCAGCUUUGAGGCGGACUUUGCCCUGGUGGCCAAUGUGGAUGGCGCCUCUGGGGGAUUACGGCACAUUACCAUGCCGGAUGGCACGCGUCGGGAUCACUUCCUCAAGUGGAUCGAGAACCUAACGGAUCGCCAGACGCCUUCCUGGUUGGGAUUGCCCAACAAUGCCGAGAAGGUGCUGCUCACCACGCGUGGCACGGAUCUGGUGAGCAAGCUGCUCAAGAUGCAGCAGCUGGAGGAUGACGACGAGUUGGCCUACAGCGUGGAGGAGCAAUCCGAGCAAUCGGCUCUGGCCGUCGCACGCAGCGAGGAUGGUCGUCCGUCCUGGAUGAAGACGCUGCACAAUUCGGCCACUGCCUGGCUGGAGCUGCUGCCCAAGAAUCUGCAUGUGCUCAAGCGCACCGUGGAGAACAUCAAGGAUCCUCUCUAUCGCUACUUUGAGCGUGAGGUGACCAGUGGUGCUCGCCUGCUCCAGACGGUCAUCUCCGAUCUGCAGGAUGUCGUCUUGAUUUGCCACGGCGAGAAGAAGCAAACGAAUCAUCAUCGUUCCAUGUUGUCUGAAUUGGUGCGUGGCAUCAUUCCGAAGGGUUGGAAGCGUUACACUGUCCCAGCCGGCUGCACUGUUAUCCAGUGGAUCACGGACUUUAGCACACGUGUCCAGCAGCUGCAGAAGGUAUCGCAGCUGGUCUCGCAGGCUGGUGCCAAGGAGCUGCAGGGAUUCCCCGUCUGGCUGGGCGGUCUGCUCAAUCCGGAGGCCUACAUCACAGCCACCAGGCAGUGUGUGGCCCAGGCCAACAGCUGGUCGCUGGAGGAGCUCGCAUUGGAUGUGACCAUCACGGAUGCGGGACUCAAGACUGACCAAAAGGACAGCAGCUUUGGUGUCACCGGCCUCAAGUUACAGGGUGCUCAAUGCAAGAACAACGAACUGUUGCUGGCAUCCACCAUCAUGAUGGAUCUGCCACUGACCAUCCUCAAGUGGGUCAAAAUCUCUUCAGAGCCGCGUGUAAGCAAACUAACUUUGCCAGUCUACUUGAAUUCCACACGCACGGAGCUGCUCUUUACCGUCGAUUUGGCUGUGGCCGCUGGCCAGGAUUCCCACAGCUUCUAUGAGCGUGGCGUUGCCGUUUUGACAUCGACAGCUUUGAACUAAGUUCGAGCUCACAAAUAAUCAUAACAAUAUAAACUAUAUAAUGUAUACUCCAGUAUAGUUUUGAAAACUUUUCUUGAAUUUAAAUAUUCAAAUAACAUAUAUUAUGAAGCCCCAAAAUAGUAUGAAAAUUUAUUUUUUUUAUUCCAAUGUAUACCCCAAAAAUAAUUUUGAAAACUUUUCUAUUACUGUCAUAUAGCAUAUUUGAUCUUUAAUUUGAAAAAAUAAACACAAAACCACAACA